CAGAGCCAACACAGAGGCAGGUCUGUUGACAAAUAUCGGGGGAGGAUCACUGCGGCUGUGGUGGCUGUGGGAGAGAAGGCGGUCUCCUCGUUCAAGGCUGUGGGCAGAAAUGAAGAGCCAACAGAAGAGCCCCGACACUGAUGGGAGUAUUAUCGUCAACGAGGAAGGGUCAGUAGCCACUGCAGAGGAUCCAGCGGCUAUUGCCACCAUUCAGUCUGCAGCCACCUUCACUGACCAACCCAUCAAAUAUCUCUUCAAGACAGAAGGAGCAGGAGGGCAGGUGACCUACAGAGUGAUCCAGGUGUCAGAUGGCCAGUUAGAGGCUCAGACAGAUGGGGCCGCAGCAGUCAGCCUUGUCACUGGUUUCCCUGCAACCAGUCAGGCUGUCACACAGACUGUGUUCUCCCAGUCGGAGGGGUUGGAGGGAGAUGGCAGCAGUGAGACGCAGUACACGUACUAUCCCGCCACCAUUGCAGACGCCACCACUGGCACCAUGAUGACCACAGUGCAGGCCUCUGACACCCUGCUGGGCCAGACCACACCUACAGGGCAGCUCUACGUGAUGAUGUCACCCCAGGAAGUUCUGACAUCCAAUCAACGGACAAUCGCACCUCGCACUCAGCCGUACAUUGCGAAGCAAGAAGCUCCCCGGGGGUCCAGAGAUGAUAAACGGCGAGCACAGCACAACGAAGUUGAGCGGCGACGGCGGGACAAGAUCAACAAUUGGAUUGUGCAGCUGUCGAAGGCCAUCCCAGACUGUAACGUUGACUACACCAAGACAGGGCAGGUGAGACCAGAGAGCAAAGGAGGAAUCUUGUCCAAAGCCUGCGAAUACAUCAAGGAACUCAGGCAGAGCAACCUGAAGCUGGGGGAGGACAUCGGCACCCUCGAUCGUCUCAGGAUCGAUAACCAGCUGCUCAGACAGGAGGUGGAAGACUGGAAGUCCAAGAAUCAGAUCCUGAGGAACCUGCUGCGACAGCAUGGUAUCGUGGGAUCGUCCAGCACAGAUCCACACUGAGAAGCCUGAUGCCAAUGGGUAUUUGAAGAGAAACACAUAUGGGCCAAAAGAGUACUUGAAACACUUUGACAUACUUUACUAGUGAUCGUGCUUGCAUGUGAUAGGGGAAAAAAAAAAGAAUAUUGUCGUGAAUAUUCAAAUCCAGCUUCUUUGCUAAAGGAAAACUUUUAUCUUUGAAGCUUUUUACAAAAUGGAAAAAAAAAACUUUUGGGACGAUGAAAAAACAUUGAGUCAUUUUAGCAAAGCCCUCAUUGGAUGCCUUCCUCCAUGAACAUUAUGAUUGUUUGACAUCACCCUCCAGUACAGUAAGCUCUUCAACAUGACCAACUUCUAAUGUCAGCUUGUUUCUCUUCACUUCUGCAGUAAUGUGCUUCUCUGUUUCAAUUGCACUCAUGUUGAUGUCAUCUUUUAUUCUUGUCACUUUUGACCAGUUGAUUUAUCAUCCAGUAUGUAGUAGUAAAGCUUUUUUUUGUUUUUUUGUAUUUUGUUCCAUGAAAAGUUACUGGAGACAAUAAUAAUUACAUUGCAACAAUGUAACAAAGAAAAUAAACCGGGGUUGUAAGUGUUGCAUUAAGUUGGCUCUACAUGUCUUUACGAUCAUGUCAUAAAUAAACAAAUCAUGUGCCGUCUGUCAUAAACUACUUUCAGUUGUGUUUAUUAAAUUUGGUAAAUUA